AUGAUGGUUACUCAAGCUGCUGGAUUGAAGACGAGUGCUAUCACGUUGUCAAGGGGAUUUGUAGUUUUCAUGUUAUCAGCGACUAUGUCAAGUGUAAUUCAAGCCUUUCUUGAUUUGGCUCCUGCUGAAAAAUUUGAAAAAGUGAUAGCCUGA